UGGAUUGUGGCUGUUAGACGGAUUUUGCUUCACUUUCCCACGUUGCCCCUCACCUGCACCAUGGGCUGCUGGGGGGCGGGCAGCGCCUCUUUUACUUUGCUCCCCUGCCUUGUGAUCUUCCUGCUGCUGCCGCUUCGUGCCUCCACUGAGCCCAGGCAGCUUUUCAAGGUGUUGGAAGAGCAGCACCAGGCACCGUGGAUAGGUUCCAUUGUCACCCGUCGGGGCUUCACCUAUCGCUUAAGUGAGCACCAUGCUCUUUUCUCUAUCAAUGCUACAUCGGGAGAUCUCCACACACUUGCCACUAUUGACCGUGAGAGCCUGACCAAUGAUGUAAUGGACCUUGUGGUGCUUUCUAGCCAGCCGACAUACCCGAGUGAAGUGCGCAUCGUGGUGCUUGACCUCAACGACAAUGCACCUGUCUUCCCAGAUCCUUCUAUUGUGGUGACUUUCAAGGAGGACACAGGUAGCGGCCGACAGCUUAUCUUGGACACAGCUACUGAUGCAGACAGUGGGAACAAUGGGGUAGACCACAGCUCUUACCGCAUUGUGGAUGGCAAUGAAGAGGGCAGAUUCCGACUUAACAUCACUCUUAAUCCUAGUGGAGAGGGGGCCUUCCUGCACUUGGUCUCUCGUGGUGGGCUGGAUAGGGAAGCUACUUCUGCCUAUCAGCUUCUGGUGCAGGUAGAUGACAAAGGGGAACCUCAGAGACAUGGAUUCCUACAAGUCAAUGUCACUGUUCAGGAUAUCAAUGACAACCCACCUGUUUUUAGCCAGACUCUCUACCAAGCUCGAGUGCCUGAGGAUGCACCAGUUGGGGCCAGUAUUCUUCAGGUGACGGCAGCAGAUGCUGAUGAGGGCACCAAUGCUGACAUCCAGUAUCGUCUGGAAAGGGCAGAGAGUACUGGAGGAGAUGGAAGUGGGAUACUUCCUUUUGAGGUGGACCCUGAAAGUGGGGUCAUCCGUAUCCGGGAGGUUCUGGACUAUGAAUCUCAACGGCAGUACUCACUAACAGUUCAGGCUAUUGACCAUGGAGUACCAGCUUUAAAUGGCCGUGCUGAAGCGCUAAUCCACCUGCUUGAUGUGAAUGAUAAUGAGCCAAGGGUCAAAUUUCGCUAUUUCCCAGCUACUUCUCGUUUUGCCUCUGUAGAUGAGAAUGCAGCCCCUGGCCCAGUUGUGGCAUUGCUGACUGUGAGUGAUGCUGAUUCACCAGCAGCUAAUGGGAAUAUUUCUGUAUCCAUCUUGGGGUGGGAAUGACAGCGCCAUUUCGAGGUCCAGAGCAGCAAAGUACCCAAUCUCAGUCUUAUCAAAGUGGCAGCUGCUCUUGACCGAGAACGCAUUCCCACCUAUAAUCUCACCGUGGCUGUGAUGGACAACUUGGAAGUUCUCCUCCAUCACUGAUUCAUCCCUUCUUCUCUGAGUCCAGAUGGAGCUUCUCCUGCCCCAGUGAGCCGCUCUUCUGUGGCCAGCCUUGUCAUCUUUGUCAACGAUAUCAAUGAUCACCCACCUGUUUUUGGGCAGUCAGUAUAUCAAGUCAAUAUUAGUGAGGAAGUACCACCAGGCAGCUAUGCAGGCUUAAGUGCUACAGAUCAUGAUUCUGGUCUUAAUGCCAACCUGAAGUACAGCAUAGUUUCUGGAAAUGAGUUGGGUUGGUUUUAUAUUAGUGAACACAGUGGCCUAGUUACUACUAAGAGUCAUCUGGGGGCUGGACCGGGAAUAGUUUCACAGGUGGUGCUGAACAUUAGUGCCCGUGAUCAGGGUGUGCAACCUAAAAUUUCCUUUGCAAAACUCGUAGUGAAUAUCCUGGAUGUUAAUGAUGAAAGGCCUCAAUUUAGUAAGCCAGAUGGAUAUCAUGUUUCAAUAGCAGAGAAUACACCUCCGGGAACUGAGUUGCUAGUCCUCACUGCUGUAGAUGGUGACUUGGGUGACAAUGGGACUGUGAGAUUUGUCUUGCAAGAGAGCGAAAGGAGCCUUUUGCUUGAUCCUGUUUCAGGUAGACUUAGCACAAUCUCACAGUUAGACAGGGAAGAACAAGAACACUACUCACUGCACAUCCUGGCCACUGAUCUGGAUCCUGCUCUCUCUUCAGUGGCUCUGGUCAAUGUGAGCUUGCUUGAUGUGAAUGAUAACAGCCCUUAUUCUACCCUAUCCAUAUUUUGCUCACGUCCAAGAAAUGAACCUGCAGGCAGCUAUGUUGUCACUGUGUCUGCUAGUGAUCCAGAUCUUGGACUCAAUGGCAGACUUAGGUAUAGUAUUUCAGCAGGAGAUACUUCCAGGUUUCAAAUUCAUAGUCAGACAGGGGUCAUCACCACGAAAACCACCCUAGACAGAGAGGAAAAAACUUACCAAUUACAAGUAGUAGCCAGUGAUAGUGGCAAUUUGCAGUCACAGAAUGAGGCCAUAGUUACAGUCACUGUUUUGGACACUCAGGAUAACCCCCAAUAUUCACCCAGGAAAUCUAUAGCUUUGUGGUGUUUUGAAAAUGUUGCUCUGGGUUACCAUGUUGGCAGUGUUUCUGCCCAUACUAUGGAUCUCAACAUCAACAUCACAUAUCUGAUCACUACAGGUGACCAAAAGGGUAUGUUUGAAAUUAACAAAAUGACUGGCUUGAUCACAACUGCUAGUAUUAUUGACAGGGAAGAGCAAGCAUUUUACCACCUGAAAGUCGUGGCCAGUGGUGGAACAAUAACUGGAGAUGCUCUGGUUAAUAUAACAGUUAGAGAUUUAAAUGACAAUUCACCCCACUUUCUUCAUGCAGUAGAAAGUGUGAAUGUGGUUGAAAAUUGGAAUACGGGGCAUACCAUUUUCCAAGCCAAAGCUGUUGACCCCGAUGAAGGUGCAAAUGGCAUGGUUGCUUACAGCCUGAAGCAAAAUCCUAAAAAUCUGUUUAGUAUUGAUGAACAAAGUGGUGCUAUCAGUUUGACAGGGCUUCUUGAUGUAAAUGAUGGGUCUUAUCAAGUGGACAUUAUGGCCUCUGAUUUGGGAGUUCCAGAACGUUCCUCUAGUUUCAUUUUAACUGUCUUUGUUCAUGAUGUAAAUGACAAUCCACCAGUAUUUGACCAGCUUUCUUAUGAAGUCAUUAUUUCUGAACUGGAGUCUGUGAAUUCCAGAUUUUUUAGUGUGCAUGCUUCUGACAAGGAUUGUACAAAUGGUGAAAUAGCUUACAACAUAAUUGAAGGAAAUACAGGAGAUGCCUUUGGCAUAUUUCCAGAUGGCCAGCUGUACAUAAAAAGUGAACUAGACCGUGAAGUUCAGGACAGAUACACACUUCUGGUUGAGGCUUCUGACAGAGCAGUAGAACCACUCAGUGCCACGGUAAAUGUUACUGUUAUUCUGCAAGAUGUAAAUGACAAUAGACCACUGUUUAACAGCACCAAUUAUGUUUUUAUUAUAGAGGAACAGAAAGGUGAAUCCUUUGUAGGUAAAAUAAGUGCUGUGGACAAAGAUUGUGGAUCUAAUGGAGAAGUCAGAUAUUUGUUUGAACACAUGCAGCCUGAUUUUGAAUUGAAUGCUCUAAGUGGGGAAAUAACAAGUACUCAUCAGUUGGACAGAGAAUCCCUGAUGAGACAAAGGGGAGCUGCUGUAUUUACACUUACUGUUAUUGCAGUAGAUCAAGGGUUGCCAAAGCCUUUAAGAGAUCAGGCAAUAGUGCAGGUGUACUUGAAGGACAUAAAUGAUAAUGCACCAAAGUUUUUGAAAGAACUGUACCAAGCAACAAUAUCAGAAUUAGCCCCAAACCUAACACAAGUUUUAAGAGUUUCUGCUUCAGAUGUCGAUGAAGGUAAUAAUGGACUAAUCCACUAUUCUAUAAUUGAAGGAAAUGAAGAAAACCAGUUUGCGAUAGAUACUGGCACUGGCCAGGUGACUUUAAUUGGGAAAUUGGACCAUGAAGCUACUGCAUUUUACUCACUUACUAUCCAAGCAGUGGAUUCUGGGACAGUUCCCCUUAGCUCCCUUUCCAUGCUGAACAUCAAUGUGUUGGAUGAAAAUGACAACAGUCCUUCAUUCCCUAAAACUGUUUUAUUUGUUGAUAUCUUGGAAAACAUGAGAAUUGGUGAACUUGUAACUUCAGCCACUGCUACAGACUCAGAUUCAGGUGACAAUGCUGACCUUAAUUAUAGUAUUAUAGGAACGAAUAAUCAUGGAACAUUUAGCAUCAGUCCUAAUACAGCCAAUUUCCUUUCAAAAAAGUUGGAUUUUGAAACACAGUCAUUGUAUAAACUAAACAUAACAGCAAAAGACAAAGGGAGGCCUCCUCGGUCUUCUACUAUGUCAGUUGUAAUAUAUGUCAGGGAUUAUAAUGACAACCCACCCGUGUUUCCAGCUGGAGACAUAUUUAAGUCUAUUGUUGAAAACAUUCCUAUUGGGACCUUGGUCAUUUCUGUAGUGGCACAUGAUCCUGAUGCAGAUAUUAAUGGGCAGUUGGCAUAUACAAUCAUCCAGCAGAUGCCAAGGGGAAACCAUUUCCGUAUAGAUGAAGUCAAAGGGACAAUAUAUACAAGUGCUGAAAUAGACCGUGAAUUUGCUAAUCUUUUUGAAUUAACAGUCAAAGCCAUGGAUCAGGCUGUGCCUAUCGAAUCUAGAAGAUUUGCUUUGAAGAAUGUGACAGUUCUUAUAACUGACCAAAAUGACAAUGUUCCAACUUUUGUAUCCCCAAAUGCUCUGGCUGUAGAACCUUCUGUUGUAAUAGGUACAGUCCUAACUACAAUUGUGGCUGCCGAUCCUGAUGAAGGAGCAAAUGGGGAGGUUGAAUAUGAAAUAAUUAAUGUCACAGACAUAUUUAUUCUGGAUCGCUACAGCGGAGAACUGAGAGUGUCAUCAGCUUUAGUGCCAUCCCAGCUUAUGUACAGCUUCAUCAUUUCAGCCACAGACCUUGGCCCUGAGAGAAGAAAAUCAACCACUGAGAUGACUGUAAUUCUACAAGGACUUGAUGGUCCUAUUUUCACUCAACCAAAAUAUAUUACCAUUUUAAAAGAAGGCGAACCUAUUGGGACAAAUGUGCUAUCCAUUGAAGCAGCUAGUCCUGGAGGGCCAGAAACUGUAGUGGAAUAUUUCAUUGUAUCAGUUCGUUAUGAGGACAAAGUUGGCCGCCUCUUUACUAUUGGCCGCCACACUGGGGUGAUUCAGACUGCUGCUGUUUUGGACAGAGAGCAGGGAGCACGCCUGUAUCUGGUGGAUGUUUAUGCCAUUGAAAAAUCUGCAGCUUCGCCUCGGACCCAGAAAGCUGAGGUGGAAAUAACUCUGCAGGAUGUUAAUGACAAUCCACCAGUGUUUCCUACAGAUAUGCUUGAUCUGACUGUAGAAGAGAAUAUAGGGGAUGGAUCUAUAAUGCAACUAACAGCUACAGAUGCUGAUGAGUAGGGUGCAAAUGCUUUGGUAACUUACACCAUCAUUAGUGGUGCAGAAGAUAGUUUUCAUAUUGAUCCAGAAUCAGGUGAAUUGAUAGCUACCAAGCGUUUGGAUCGAGAACGCCGUUCCAAAUAUUCUUUGCUUGUCGUGCUGAUAGGUCUCCAAUCUUCAGAUAUGAGAAUCAACAUUACUGUUAGCGAUAUUAAUGAUCAUACACCUAAAUUCUCCAAACUAUGGUAUUCUUUUGAUAUAGCAGAAGAUAUCACUCCAGGAUCUUUAGUAGCAGCUAUAUUAGCUACUGAUGAAGAUUCAGGAGUAAAUGGAGUCACAUAUAUUGUGAGUGAAGAUGAUGGCGAUGGGACAUUUUUUUUGAAUCCAAUUACUGGUGUUUUUUAAUUAACCUGCACAUUGGAUUAUGAAGUACAGAAGUAUUAUGUCCUUACAAUUUGUGCCCAAGAUGGAGGUGGGCAAUCCACCACUAACAGAGUUUAUUUUAAUUUAGAUGUAAAUGAUAAUUCACCAUAUCAGCAUGGCAUCUAUAGCACUUCUUUGAUGGAGAACAUACCACCAGGCUCUACUAUCCUUAUUUUCAAUGUUACAGAUGCAGAUGAUGGUUCUAACUCACAGUUGUCCUAUAGUAUUACUUCUGGAGAUAGCCUAGGACAAUUUAGUAUUGACAAAAAUGGUGUUCUAAGCAUCAAGCAAACAUUGGAUCGUGAAAGCCAAUCUUUCUAUAGCCUGAUUGUUCAAGUUAAUGAUAUGGCUUCUCCUCCAGCCUUCAGAUAUACAAGCACAACACAAGUAUCUAUUAUUCUUCUGGAUGUCAAUGACAAUCCUCCCAGUUUUAUCUCUCCAAGACUGACAUACAUUCCAGAGAAUACGCCCAUUGACACCAUUAUAUUCAAAGCCCAAGCAACUGAUCCAGAUAGUGGUCCAAACAGCUAUAUUGAAUAUAAUUUAUUAAAUCCUUCAGGAAACAAAUUCAGUAUUGGAACUAUAAAUGGAGAAUUAAGGCUGAUUGGAGAACUUGACAGAGAAUCAGUUUCUAAUUACACCUUGACUAUAAUUGCCACAGACAAAGGACAACCAUUUCUCUCUUCAUCUACAGAUAUAGUUGCAAUAAUCCUUGACAUCAAUGAUAAUAACCCUCUUUUUGCUCAAAAACUAUACAAAGUUGAGAUUGCAGAAAAUACUCUGACGGGGACAGAUGUAGUCCAAGUAUUUGCUACAGAUAAUGAUGACGGUUCCAAUGGGCAAGUUCGUUAUACUAUAAUCAGUGGAAACAAUAGUGAUUUUCGGAUCGACUCUGUCACAGGAGUAAUAACAAUAGCAAAGCCUUUGGAUCGAGAAAAAAUAGCAUCCUAUUCAUUAACAAUCCAAUCAACUGAUCGUGGAAGUAGUCCCCGGAUUGAUACCACUAUCGUCAGCAUUUUUUUGUUGGAUAUUAAUGAUUAUAUUCCUACAUUUGAGCUGUCUCCCUAUACUGUAAAUGUCCCAGAAAAUCUAGAAACAUUACCAAAGAUCAUUCUUCAGGUUGUGGCAAGGGAUGAUGAUCAAGGACUAAAUAGCAAACUAACCUAUUUUAUUAUUUAUGGAAAUGAAAAUGGUGCCUUUACUCUCUCAGCAAAUGGAGAGCUCCACCUUGUACAGAGCUUAGACAGGGAAAAAAAGAAGGAAUAUAUCAUGUUGGUCACAGCUGUUGAUUCAGGAAUUCCCAGCCUUACUGGUACAGGAACCAUUUCUGUCAAAGUAGAUGAUGUCAACGACAAUGUACCCAAGUUUGCCUUUAAUAUGUAUUCUAAAACCAUUCCAGAGGAUGCACCUACUGGCUCAGAUGUUUUGCUUGUAAAUGCCUCAGAUUCGGAUGGCUCCGUGAACGCUGUCAUCAGCUAUAGUCUCAGUGGUGGAAAUUCGCAAUUCACAAUCAACCCUUCCACUGGACAGAUCAUUACAAGUGCUUUGUUGGACAGAGAGGCUAAAGAGAAUUACACUUGAUCAUUGUAGCCAAGGAUGGUGGAAUUCCAGCUGCUUUCCAGUUCAGCAAGUGUUCUUGUCACAAUUGCAGAUGCCAAUGACAAUCCCCCUAAAUUUCAGCAUCAUCCUUACGCUCAUAUACCCUCACCAACAAGUACAGGUACUUUUGUAUUUGCAGUGACAGUGACAGAUGCUGAUGCAGGCCCUAAUGCUAAGCUUCACUAUUCCCUUUCGGGAAAGAAUUCUGAAAAGUUCCACAUUGAUCCAUCUAGAGGAGCAAUUAUGGUGGCUGACAGACUUUCUGGAACAUCUGAAAUUACCUUUACUGUGAACGUCAAUGAUUGUGGCUUGCUUCCAAAGACUGAUUCCACAACUGUGACUGUAAGAUUUGUAAACAGAGCUGAUUUUCCACAAGUGCAUACUAAACAGCACAAAUUCAUGUUUCCUGAAAACCAAGCAGUUGGCACUUUCAUCACUUCUGUUUCUGGAGUGUCAUCGAGAGGUGAUUCUUUGUCCUACUAUAUCGCUAGUGGUAACCUUGGAGGUACCUUUCAAAUUGACCAAUUAACAGGGCAAUUGUCAAUCAGUCAGCCUUUAGAUUAUGAAGCUGUACAGAAAUACAUUGUCUGGAUUGAGGCUAGGGAUAUGGGCUUCCCACCAUUUUCUUAUUUGAAACUGGAAAUAACAGUGAUAGAUAUAAAUGAUAAUGCACCAUUAUUUGAACAGGAUCCAUUCUUUGUUGAAGUAAUGGAAAACCUUUCACCUUCUAAAAUAAUUACUGUAGCUGCAGUGGACAAGGAUAAUGGGCCAAAUGGACAGUUAAGUUAUGAAAUAAUUAAUGGUAAUAUAGAGAACAGCUUCACUAUUCAUCAUACAACUGGCGAAAUUGGAAGUGUCAGACCUUUAGACAGGGAACGAGUAGGCCAAUAUACUCUAACUGUAAAAGCUUCAGAUAGAGGUACUCCUACACAAAGUGCAAUUGUCCAAGUGCUUAUCAAUGUAUUAGAUGAAAAUGAUAAUGCACCAAAAUUUUCUCAUAUAUUUAGUGCUCUUGUACCUGAAAAUGCACCCCUGGGUUACACUGUCACACGAGUCACAACAUCAGAUGAAGAUACUGGAAUAAAUGCAAUCAGCAGAUAUUCAAUAAGGAGUACAAAUAUACCAUUUGUUAUAAAUCCUAACACAGGAGAUAUAACAGUUAGCAGGGUUCUAAACAGAGAAGAUACAGAUCGCUACAGGAUUCGAGUUUCAGCACAUGACUCCGGAUGGACUGUUAGCACAGAUGUGACCAUAUUUGUGACAGACAUCAAUGACAAUUCUCCACGAUUUACAAAACCGUCUUACUACUGUGAUUACCCUGAAAGUAAUGAAGUUGGAUCCAGAGUGACCCAAAUAUCUGCCACAGAUCCAGAUGAGGGAGCUAAUGGACAAGUCUUCUAUUUCAUCAAAUCUCAGUCAGAGUUUUUCAGAAUUAAUGCAUCUACAGGGGAGAUUUUCAGUAAGCAGCCUUUAAAGUUCCAAAACUCCAGUGCUUCUAGCCAAGGUAAUCUUAAUAGACACAGCUUUAUAGUUAUUUCCUCAGAUCGAGGACCCGGAUUGAUGAGUGAGACUACGGUCACAAUAAAUGUUGUAGAUAGCAAUGACAAUGCACCCCAGUUUGUCUUCAAUCAAUAUUUUACACCUGUUACUAAAAAUGUGGCCAUUGGGACAAAACUAAUUAAAGUAACUGCAGUUGAUUCUAAAGACUUUGGUCUGAAUGCAAAAAUUGAAUACAGUAUUUCAAAUAAAAACCCUACAGAUAAAUUUAUUUUAGAUAGUAAGACUGGAUGGAUUUCAGUAGCAUCUUCACUGAUGAAUGAGAGAGAAUAAAAACUUCUAAUAAAAAUAAAAGCCAAAGACAAAGGUAAUCCCCCUCUCUCAUCAGAAGUGCCAGUACAAAUAGCAGUAACAGAGGAAAAUUACUAUACACCUGAGUUUUCUGAAAGACAUUUAAGUAUUACUGUUCCUGAAAGUCAUGCUGUUGGAGCGAUUCUCAGGACCAUGUCAGCUGGGGACAAAGAUGCUGCUAUGAAUGGAGUAAUCCAAUAUAAUAUUUCUUCUGGAAAUGAGGCUGGAUGCUUUGCAAUUAAUUCAUCUACUGGUGCAUUAUACCUUACAAAGUCCCUUGAUUAUGAGUUAUGCCAAAAGCAUGAGAUUACUGUAAGUGCUAUAGAUGGUGGGUGGGUUGCUAGAACUGGAUACUGUAGCAUCAUUGUGAAUGUUAUUGAUGUGAAUGAUAAUUCUCCAACUUUUAGCCCAGAAGAGUAUUUUCCCAGUGUUUUAGAAAAUGCUCCUAGUGGAACAACUGUUAUUCAUCUCAAUGCAACUGAUAUUGAUUCUGGACAUAAUGCUGUCAUUGCCUAUGCAGUUCAGUCUUCAGACAGUGACUUGUUUGUUAUCGCUCCUAACACUGGAAUUCUAACCACUCAAGGCUUCCUAGAUUACGAAACCAAGCAGAACUAUCAUUUAACUAUAAAGCCUUUAUGUCCUGAGGAGGACAAAGUAGCUUUGCUACUGUCACAUAUAUUUAGAGGAACACAUGAAUACGUGCCACGAUUUGUAUCUAAGCUUUACUUUGAGAUUUCUGAAGCUGCUUCUAAAGGAACUGUUGUAGGAGAAAUUUUUGCAAGUGAUCGUGAUUCAGGGAUUGAUGGAGAUGUCCACUACUUAAUAUUUGGUAGUAGUAGAAAAAAACGGUUUUCGAAUGAUGACAAUAGUGGGCAGAUUUAUGUCACAGGUCCUCUUGACUAGAGAAAAGGAAGACGGAUCUCUCUGAAAGUGCGCAAAAAUGCUGGGAGCAUCCAUGGUGCAGAUAUAGAUGAAGUGGUUGUGAAUAUCACAAUAUUAGAUGCCAAUGAUCCUCCCAUCUAACUUGGAGUCUACAAUGUCCGAAUCAGUGAAGGUGUUCCUGUUGGGACCAAUGUCACAUUUGUAAGUGCCUUUGACUCUGAUUCUCUCCCUAGCUGGAACAUCUCCUAUUUUAUUGGUAAUGGAAACAACAAUGGUGCCUUUUCGAAACCACAGACAGGACAAGUUACAGUGAUUGCAGAGCUUGAUCGAGAAGUCUUGCCCAUUUACAAUCUCUCUAUAGCAAUCGAUUCAGGAAGCCCACCAGCAACAGGCAGUGCCUCUUUAUUAGUAACUUUGGAAGAUAUCAAUGACAACGGUCCCAUUCUCUCUGCACCUGAAGGAGAAAUAAGAAACAAUCGGGCAGGGACAUUUGUGAUGACACUUCAGUCCAUUGACCCUGAUCUUGCUCCAAUCAAGGUCCCUUUUCUUAUUAUUUGCUUAGCAGUGGUACAGCAAACCAAUUAUUUUAGUCUCAGUACUGCUGGAGUUUUAAACACUAGAGAAAUUGAUAGAGAACAAAUCAGUGACUUCUAUUUGUCAGUAAUUAGAGACUCAGGCAUUCCUCAGAUGUCUUCCACAGGAAACAGUUUAUAUAAAGGUAAUUGACAAAAUGAUAACCCAUCACAUCCUAGAACAGUAGAAAUCUUUGUUCACUAUUAUGGAAAUUAUAUUUCCUGGAGGAAUGUUAGGCAGUGUAAAACUCAAGAUCCUGAUAGUUUAGAUACCUUUCAAUGUUCCCUUACAUCAGGAGUUACAAGCCUCUUCAAUAUUCCACCAAAUACUUGUGACUUGAAUUCCCUGGCAAGAUCAACGGAUGGAACAUUUGACCUGACAGUUUUAAGCAAUGAUGGCUUGCACAACUCAGUUACUAAUGUCAUUAGUUUCUUUUCAGGAUUCAAUAAUGCCACACUUGAUAACAGCAUUCUUCAUCUUAGUGUGCCAUCCUUGAAAGAAUUUUUGACUAAUCAUUAUCUUCAUUUUCUGCGGAUUGCCAAACGCCCAGUUAACGGACUAGGACUUACAGUACAACUCUAUGUAUUUGAGGACAACAAUCAAACUUUUUUGAUGGCAGCAGUGAAGCGGAACAACUACCAGUAUGUUAAUCCUGGUAGUGUGACUACUUUCUUUGAAAGUAAGGAAAUUAUCUUUCGACAAAGUGGUGUGAAAAAUACAAUCUGUGAUCAUGAUUCUUGCUUACAAAAUCCUUGUCAAAAUGGAGGCAGCUGCUUGAGGAAACUGGCUGAAUCCUAAAUAAGAAGCUAUGACAGUGUGCCAGUCAUUAAUGCAAAUGAACCUCUUCAGCCUUUUACCUGCAGAUGCAUGCCAGGAUAUGAUGGAGCACUAUGCCAAACCGAUGUCGAUGAAUGCUUCCCAUCUCCUUGCCAUAAUGGUGGAACCUGCCAUAAUCUGGUAGGAGGAUUCUCUUGCAGUUGUCCCAAUGGUUUUACUGGAAUAGCCUGUGAGAGAGAUGUAAAUGAAUGCCUGUCCACCCUUGUAAAAAUGGUUGCCUUCUGCCAGAACCUCCCAGGAAACUUCAACUGUAUUUGCAAACCUGGUUAUACAGGUAAGAUUUGUGAAUCCAGCAUCAACUAUUGUGAAUGCAAUCCCUGUUUCAAUAGAGGAUCCUGUCAAAAUGGAGUGGAAGGAUACUAUUGUCAUUGUCCAUUUGGUGUUUUUGGAAAACAUUGUGAAGUAAAUAGCUAUGGAUUUGAAGAAUUAUCGUAUAUGGAAUUCCCCAGUAUGGAUCCAAACAACAAUUAUAUUUACAUAAGUUUAACUAUCAAAAGCAAUGCUCUUAUGUUAUAUAAUUAUGACAACCAGACUGGUGAUCGGGCAGAAUUCUUGGCCCUUGAGAUAACAGAAGAAAGGUUGAGAUUUUCAUACAAUCUUGGCAGUGGGACAUAUAAACUUACCACAGCAAAGAAGGUGUCUGAUGGACAAUUUCACACUGUUAUUGCUCGGAGGGCAGGAAUGGUAGCAUCUUUGACUGUGGACUCUUGCUCUGAUGAACAGGAACCAGGCUAUUGCAGUAGCAAUGUGGCUGUGUCUAGUGAUUGGGACUUAGAUGUGCAGCCAAACAGAGUGACCAUUGGAGGUAUCAAAUCACUAGACCAAAUCCUUCAAAGAAAAGGACAGGUAGAAAGCCAUGAUUUUGUGGGUUGCAUAAUGGAAUUUGCAGUCAAUGGACGUCCCUUGGAACCAAGCCAAGCAUUGUCAGCUGAACACAUCUUAUAUCAGUGUCCUAGACUGGAAGGAACUUGUGCAAUUAACCCUUGUCAACAUGGUGGCACAUGUCUGGAUCAUUGGUCAUGGCAACAGUGUACCUGUAAAGAAGGACUAACAGGAAAACACUGUGAAAAAUAUCUUACAGCUGACACUGCCUUGUCCUUAGAGGGCAAAGGACGUCUUGACUAUCAUAUGAGGCAAAAUAGAAAAUUGGAAUAUAUGAUGAGAUAUUAUACUGGAAAUGCCAUUAUGGAGCCUCGAAGUAUGGAUAGUAUGGAGGUAAUCAGGACAAGGAGUAAAAGUGGAGUAUUAAUCCAUAUUCAGGAAAGCAGCAACUAUACUACUGUGAAGAUAAAAAAUGGCAAAGUGCAGUAUGUUUCUGAUGCUGGAGUAGGUGGAAAGGUGGAGAGAAGUAUUCCUGAAGCUUAUGUUUCCGAUGGUCACUGGCAUCUUCUGUUAAUUGAAAAGAAUGGGACUUCCACACUGAUCACUGUUGACAAGAUGCAUAGCCGAGACAUUCUACAUGUCACACAAGAUUUUGGAGGACUAAAUGUCUUAACAAUUUCUCUUGGUGGAUCCCAUGCACAUAAAGAAUGCAUGUGUGCGCAAUUUGAUGGUUGCAUUGCCUAUCUGAAAUAUGGUGAAGAAAGCCUUCCCUUCACAGGACAACAUAGCCUUGCUACCAUAUCUAAAUCAGAUUCCUCUGUGAAGAUUGGCUGCCGUGGUCCCCACAUCUGUGCCAGCAAUCCUUGUAGAGGAGAACUAAUGUGCAUUAACCAGUGGUAUACAUAUGAAUGUGUUCAUCCUGGCGCCUGUGCGUCUAACCCCUGUCAAAAUGGAGGCACUUGUGAACCUGAUGAAAGAGCUGAAUUUAUUUGCAGUUGUCCAGAAUCACACACUGGAACAACAUGUGAAAUACUAGUUGUGUGCCUUGGUGUCAUAUGUGCCCAGGGACAUGUAUGCAAGGCAGGAAUAAAUAGUGCCUAUGUAUGUAUCCCUCAGCUCUACCCGGCUGAACUUUCUUUACCACUGUGGGCUGUUCCAGCCAUUGUGUGCAGCUGUGCUACUUUGUUGGCAUUGAUAGUGCUUAGCUUGAUCCUCUGCAAUCAGUGCAAAGGAAAGAAGGCAAAAGUUCCAAAGAAAAAAGAAACAAAGGAAAAGAAAAAGAAGGGCAGUGAGAACGAUGCAUUUGAUGAUCCUGACAAUAUACUGCCUUAUGGUGAUGAUAUGACCAUCCGGAAGCAACCUGAAGGAAAUCCAAACCCUGAUAUAAUCGAAAGAGAAAAUCCUUAUCUCAUAUUUGAUGAAACAGAUAUAUUACACAACACAGAGACUAUACCCAGUGCUCCUCUAGCUUCCCCAGAAGCAGAGAUAGAACACUAUGACAUUGAUAAUGCAAGCAGUAUAGCUCCUUCAGAUGCAGACAUCAUUCAGCAUUAUAAGCAGUUCCGAAGUCAUACUCCUAAAUUUUCCAUUCAAAGGCACAGUCCAUUAGGGUGCAGACAGUCGCCUAUGCCCUUGGGAGCAAGUAGCUUAACUUACCAGCCUUCAUAUAAUCAAGGUCUAAGGACAACUUCACUAAAUCAUUCUGCUUGCCCUACACCAAACCAUCUUUCUCGUCAUAGUCCUGCUCCAUUCUCGAAAGCAUCCACUUUCUACAGAAAAUAGUCCAGCAAGGAAAUGCAUCUUUCUAUAAGAGAAUGGAGCCCUUUAGAAAUGCACAAUGAAGUCUGCCAAACUGUUAUCUUUAAUUAUCCCAGUAGACUAGGGAGAAGAAGCAAGAGUCCUCAAAUGAAGGGUCAUAGUUCCAGGCCUGGAAGUCGCUUAAAGCAACCAAUGGGACAAUCUCUCGAAAGUGGUCCUCCUGUAGGGCUUUCAAUUGAAGAGGGAAGACUUAACACUCCACGCCCUAGAAAUCCAAGCAUCUGCAGUGCUGAUCAUGGAAGAUCUUCUUCUGAGGAAGACUGUAGAAGGCCUCUGUCAAGAACAAGAAAUCCAGCUGAUGGUAUUCCAGCUCCAGAAUCAUCAUCUGACAGUGAUUCCCAUGACUCUUUUACAUGUUCUGAGAUGGAGUAUGAUCGCGAAAAACCCAUGGUGUAUACUUCAAGAAUGCCCAAACUAUCUCAAGUUAAUGAAUCAGAUGCUGAUGAUGAAGACAAUUAUGGCACGAGACUUAAGCCUAGGAGAUAUCCAGGACGCAGAGGAGAGGGUGGCGGUCCUGUGGGUGCACAAGCACCUGCACCUGCAUCCAGCAUUAAUGAUACUUCCCCUUUGAAACUUGGACCACAAGGAGACUUCAACUGGGACAACCUUUUGAACUGGGGCCCUGGAUUUGGGCAUUAUGUGGAUGUUUUUAAAGAUUUGGCAUCUCUUCCAGAAAAGACAGCAGCAAACGUAAGUGAAGAGUGCAGAAAUGGUACAACGCAACCAAAAGAUGGAGAAGCUGAACAGUAUGUAUAGAACUUCAUAUUGACAUUAUCAAAAUACAAAUACAUAAAAUACUCAAGCCAUUUUUUCAGUGUAGAUAAAAAAGGACACACUUUGUUUUAGCCAGGGCCAGUGGUUAGACACAUUUAAAAUAAUCGCAACUAUGCUGCUGAGAAGGACAAAUACGUUUGUUUUUUUGUUUUAUUUAAUUACAAUUGGUUAAAUUUGUUUCUACUGCAUGCAUUAUAUUUUCAAGCAAAAUAUCUUAUAUGUGGUAUCUGGAUCUUAUCCUUUAUUUCUUGUUGGUUUGUGAUUUUUAAAUUAAGAAUAAUUAGCUCUAAAAAUGGCUACAAAAUGUUUUGUUGUGAAGGGCGUGUUUGUACACAAGUUGAAAUUGUUGUUUUGAAAUGUAAAAAUAUCAACUAUGUUGAUUUGUUGAGAGAAGCAAUUUUUACAGAUGCUGAAUGAAGGAAUGACAUUAUUGUAUUCUUCCUGAAACUAUAUCUCUUAUCCCUCUGUUGCUCAAAUAUGAAUAUUUCAAAUAAUGAUAAGCUUAAGCUUAUCAUUCUUUGAUGGUAUUAUUGUUUAUGUUCAAGGGGUCCUGUUAACCAGUUCAAGCUCAUGAGGACUUUAGGAUUGCAUUAUUUUUGACAAGGAUGUGUGAGAACUUCUGAAUGAUUUCUUUUUCCUUGUUUCCCCAAAUUGCAGUAUUUUUAGCUUGUAUGGAAACUGAUAUACAUUAUAAAAUUGAACAAACAACAGAGUUUAUAGAACAGAUAAUGUGGUUGAAUGCAAGUGAGAAUAGAAAACUGAACUCUUUUGGUUCCAAAUUAAUUCCAACUUGAAUAAUAACUUUGGAAUGACAAACCACCCCAUUGAUAUUUCAGUUCUGUCAUCUGGAGAAAUGAAAGAUGCUAUAUGUAAUAAAAACGAUGACUCUAGCUCACAGGGGGCAUAGUGAGGAUUGUUUGCCUAAGUAUUAAAAAGACAUAUAGCAUUAUAUUAAGUAUUAUUAUGGUUUAAUAAAGAUCACUCAAAGAUCCUGCAGGAAGGCAGUGCUUAGAAUAAUUUGUUAGAUUGCAGAAUAUUCUGUAAGAAUUUGAAAUAAACAUAUUUAUUAAAAAUAUAAGUUGUUUCACUCUUGGAAGAGGAGACCAGUUUUAAAAAUGUACUCAUAGUGCUGUCAUAGAAGAGUCUACUCAAGAUCAAGUUCCAUUAAUUCAGCAUGUACAAUGUUGAAGCCUGGGUUGUAAUUUCACUUCCUAUCCCAGAGGGUAAAAUCAUCUAAACUUAAUGAGAAUUGCUUUUGAAUAGCUGUGUAUGAUUGCUCUAUUAGUAAUGCAAUACAGAUACUCUAGUAUGAAAGACAUACAUAUGGAAUCAGCUAUGGACAGCAGAAAUAACUUUUAUCUUUAAACUGCAUUGUGAAAAUAUGGGAGCACAGUCUCUAUCUGAUGCUACUUUUAUGUAUUUUAAAGACAAAAGCAGAAAGUUAUGAGUAUUUGCAUGCAACAUUCUUUAUUUGUAUGAUACAUAUAUGUAUUUUACUCAGGUGUUCAUAUAUGAGUAUAAAGUUUAUCCUAAGAAUUGAUCAUUCAGUAACGGGAAUCCUAAAAGUCACUUAUAAAAGGUAAUAUUUUUAAACAUCUCUGUUUUAAAUUUGGGGGAUUUAUACAAUGCCCUUAUGUUUCCAUAAAGCUUCUAUUAUACUGUGUUAAAAAUGAGGGGGGGUUGGGAGGGGUUGUUCCUUGUUCAUAUUUUAUCUUCCUUUCUUUCUGCCUGUUUCUUAAUCUAAAUUCUGAUUUUGGUAUCAAUGUUUUCCUAUACAGAAUAGUUUCUUACUUUCAGGAAAAGUAAGAAAAUACUCUUUUUACAUUUGUUACUUCUGUAACAUUCAUUUUUCACAUUUUGA